AGUAAGUGGUAAAAAUGCUCUGAUCAUAUCGACUGAUUGUUUUGAAGAGCUUUGUGAAAGAGAUGUUGAUGGUUAUUAUAGGCUAGUGUUUGUGUUAAGAAUGAAUAGGAAGAAGUAGAUGGACUGAGCAGUAAAUAUUAUAACAUGCAGUCAUGUGAUAUGACUUGCCUCAGUCUUGAGUGUUGAAAAAAGUGAAGGAGUUAUUCAAAAUUGAAAAAAGUUGAAAUUUUUAAAAUUUGAAAAAUGUUGAAGGAAUUUAUAUGCAAAACACAAGGACAGUAUAAAAAUAACUAAAAACAAAAAUUAACAAAAAAGGGAGAGAACUCAUGGUUACACAUGCAUUCUUGUAUAACUAUUAUAUAAAAAGAGAAACACAUAACAUAGGACUAUUUAUUUUUUUUUACGGUUUUACGGAUUCCGAUUUAAGUAAACAAGGGAGAUAACUCUAACUCAUAAAGAUUUAAACAGGGUAUGUAAAGAAAAGGAGGUAACACAGUGGAAUAGAUGGACUUAGUUGUUACUGUUGUAAUCAAAGUGUGAGAUAUAUAUGUAUACAGAUGUUAAGAAGGGAGGUAAUUCAAUGUUAUUAAAAAGGGAGGUAAUUCAAUGAUUGAGGAUGUACUACUGGUGAUUCUUGAAGUUGUAGCACUAUGUCUGGAAGUACUUUGCUCAAUCCUCAACAUUUUAUAUUUACUGUUACUGGAAAUGAGAUUUUUCAACGUAGUUGACCAAGGAGUGUGGAGAGGUGACAGUAGGAAGUGUGAACAGGGACAAGUUAUCUACCCUGGACCAGUAAUCACAAGACCAGUCAAUAUGAAUGAGGUUGAUAACCAGUCUCAGAAUGAUUUGAAUAAGCCAGUCAGAACCACCGAUACAACUGACCAACCAACCAGCAAACCUGUUACUAUUCCGAAUGAAAAUAUAACUCAGAAAGAUAAUGAAGGAAUUAAACUUUCAAACAACAAGUCAGCAUCUGAAAACCAGCCAACCAGAUUUAGUUUUACAAACAGUCAGCCAAUCAGAUUGUCUCUUUCAUCCUCAUCUGACAGUUCUGAUAGUUCAAAAACUACAACUUGGGGUCAGGUUAAAGGUGGUUCACCCAAAAAGACAAAAAAGGAAACAAAAAAAUCACCUGAAAGUUCACCGACAAAAAACAAAAAUGCAAAAGCUAUGACUUCUUGGAAAAAUAUAUCACCAACAAAAUCGAGUUCAAGUUCAGAUUUAGAUAACAGUAGUCACAGCAACCAAAGUAAUGAGUAUGCCCCAAGAAUUUUUAGAUUUAGUACUAGCAGAACAAAGGAUUUUAACGAUUCGACCUCCAGUUCAGAAAUGGAAUCUGGUAACCGAGGGAAACAAGAUGACGAAUAUGCAAAUCUUGAGCAUAAAGUUACGAACAAGGAACCGGAGAGUAAAUGCAGCUGUUCGCCAAAGAAGGGUUCGCCCUGUAAAAAUCCAGGGUCGUGUAAUUGUUCAAACAACUGUACCUCACACUUACCUGAUAACCAAAAUGCGCUUGUGAACAGCAAUACGUCUUUGAAUGAAAAUGAUAAUGGGUCGCCGAAAAAAGAGAAAGGUGUAAAUGGAUCCGAUGAUAUGUGUGAUAAUGAAUAUUUUUACGAAGACGAUUUUUCCGUUCAGUUUGAUACGAAUUUACGUGAAACUUCGGUGACACCAAUAGAUUCAGAUCCAAGUACGACUAUAUUAGACUUUCCAAAUAUGGUGUCAGGCAGUUACUUACAUUUUACGACCGGUGGAUCUUCUAAUGCUAGCUUCAAUAACUCAAAAGCUUCAUCGAAUGUUAGUUUAAAUAACAUGCGCGUUUCAAAUAUAAUAAACAAUCAGGAAGGUCACGUCCAGUAUGAUUCGGAAUUUUCUGGAAAUUCGGGUUCGCAUAAUUCCACAAUGGAAAUGUCUUCUAGUGAUAGGGACAUGAUGGGAUCAAGUGAUAUAAUUGAUUUAAGUGACGGACCCUUAUUUACACCAACACCAUCGCAUUUACUGACUGAUAGUUUAGAUAAAAAUUCCCGCGAUGUACCUGAUGGAGAAAUGAGUGGAAGUAACGGUUCAGGGGAGACAAAUUUGAACGUUGAUUGUUGUCCGCGAAAAGAGGAAUACUUUCUGUCAUUCGAUGGCUCUCAGUCACGUGUUUCCGGUUCGGAGACCGAUGUAUCUUUGUCAAUGAACUCUCAUGAAUCUUACCAAGGUCAUUGGGUACAAAGUGUUCAAAGUGAAGCUAGUGCAACAUCGCACGAUUCGGGACAUAUUUACACGAGUCAAGGUCAUGAUGCAAGUAAUGAGUUCUCGAGUUCUGAAGGUCAGGAAGAAAGCACUGAUAGUUUUCAUAUGUGUUUCAAUAAAUUAUCCCCACGGCAUAAAAGUAAUCAGUAUGCUGGGCGUGAAAAUUUGUCUGGACGGGUUUUGAAAAAAUUAGUUCCUCUGAAAGAGACUAUAAUUGAAACUGGUGAUUCGAGUGAGGAUGAGAAUGCAAGAACAAGUACUACUUUAACAGCAGGAAGUAAAGAUGUGUCAUCUGCUAGUCCGCAGACGUCACCCAAAAAGAAAAUCAAGGUGUUAGGGGAACAAAUUAAUCAGUUGAAAGGAAAGAAGUCCGGACAGUUAUAUUUAGUAGGAAUUGGAAAACCAGAAGAAAUUUUAAGAAAAGCGGGUGUUCACAGUCACACGUUACCAAGGGUGAAAAAGCUGGUGUCAUGGAAACAGCUGAAGAAUUUUAAGAAGGGCGACUAUCAUAAAUGUGCGAGUUUACCAGAAUUAAAUACCUCAAUGACCUGGCAAAAUAUUUCUGCUUUAAAAUGUAGAAAAUUGUCAGACAUCAGUCAGAGCUUCCACGGUAAACGGCACUCUGCCUCACUGCUCGAAUUUUACCAAAGAAUGAAAAGUCAGUCCAAUCCGGUUUCUCCGGAAACUAUGAACAAUUUAGAACAGAUUCUAUGGCCUAAUUUUGUUGGACAAAAAGCCAAAACUGAAAUGAGUGAUUCCUCUGGUUCGUCACAAGAAUGCGGACAUUGUCAGUGUGGAAAACAUAAUUAUGUGGACGGUUUACCAGACAGUGGUGUUAAAGGUUAUUCAAAUAAAAGGAUUUAUGAUUGGUUGAAAAUGGAUUUUUCUGGGUCAUCACGACCUAAUUCAUUGGCAUGCCAGACUGGUAACAUGCAUGAAUACUCUUCAAAAGAAACACUUAUUUCUCCACAGACUGUCACACUUUGGUGUGGAACGAAAACGGUUGCGUCACAAUUCCCACCUGUCACAAAAGACUGUUCAAUUCAAACCUUUCAAAACCAACAAACUGCCAAGGACACUGAAAUCGUAACUGGAAUUUCCAAAAAAGACCAAGCUUUACAAACUUCUGACUUUGAAGAAGAAGAAAUUUUAUCCAUUCUUUCUGACAAUUUUGAAGACUAUAACUUUCUUAAAUCUAAUGAAGGAAUUGCUAAAGAACUACUAAGUUGUCCUGAUAUGGCAUUUGUUGAAACAGACUUUAGUCCCAAGAUUCAUAGGUCAAAAAGUGCAGAUGGGUACCGCAGUAAAACUGACAAAACUUCAUUUUGUACAAAUAAAUCUUACCAGCAGAAAACCGGUCAUUUUGGGAGAUCAAGAUCAGCUGGACGCUUGACUGUUAAAUCUGAAUCACCAGUGCGCAGAAUGGGCUUGAGUAAGCAUUAUUCCCAACAAUCUUUACCAGACAUCGCUUUCCUGUCGUCCUCGGUUACAAUUGAAAAAGAAGAAAGCAAGGACUCUUUGUUUGAUGCAAUGAAACUUGAUCUACCAGUUCCUGUAACAAUCGUACCAAAAACAGAAUUAGAACAGUUUAACAUCUACAAGCAGACGGCAGUUCCGUGUCAUCAUAAGUCUACGUGCUGUGCUAAUAAACAAAAAUCCAAAGGUACUGAUACUGAAAUUGGGUCAAGUAGUAGCGGUAUAUCAACCAGUUCAGCUUCCUCUGGUAUAGAUCCAGGUUACUGUGAUUGUAGGUCAAGGUCAGCUGAAAGUCCUCAGAAUGACCUUGAGAGGUUAAUUUUUUAUCCACCUCACACAGAGGAAAAAAUAAAGUCUUCAAAAGAUCGUUGUGGUUCAAAAACGAGGGCCAAGUCCCUACCCAGCAGACUGUCUGAAUGUGCAAACCCGGGAAAUCCAAAGUUAGAGAAAUAUGCUAAUGAGAUGCGACCUCAAGUUGUUCCAAAAGGCCAAGGUCAGUGUAGGAUAAGUGAAAAAUGGAUAAAUGCUGGGAAGAAACAAGAACUUGAAGGAAGUGAUAACUUGUAUGCAUUAGAGGAGGAGCAAACACCAGUUGCUUCCCCUGAUCAACCUUGUUGUCAUAGAAACAAAUGUUGUGAUGAUAUCGAACAGAAAAGUGCUGCAAGCUCAGACAGUGGAGCAAAGUGUAAUUAUUUCAUUGGUGAUCAGGAUUUUACUGAAAGUGAUUUUUAUAGGGCAGUUGAAUCGGACAAAAUUAUUGUCGUCGGGAAUGAGUACUAUCAGGGUUUGGCACUGGGACUGGAUUCUAAUUCCUCUAGCGGAAGUUCCGUUCCAAAUGUAGACCGAAAACCUUUAAAGUCAUGCUUGAGAAAGAAAAAUCGAGGUUUAAGGUCAAGGUCAAUGUCUGCAACAGAUACUAUGGCCUUGAACUUUGAUGACCUAGAAGAGAAGGUGAAAAAUCACAGGCAUUCCUAUGGUUGUGAUGAGGUGUACAUUGUCUCGGAUGAGCACGGACAGUUGAUGAUGUACCAGGCUGAUGAUAGCGCUGAACCUGUGAUGUUUUAUUUAGGCAAAGACGGGGAAUGUCACAUGACUGAAGGUCACCGGAAUCAUUUGGAGAACUUUGGUAGUUUAGCUAACUUCAACAUACAAGCUACAGACAGUAUUCAUGCAAGUGACAGUUCAACAGAUCGUGAAGGCAGUAACAAACGUAAGAGCGUGAGUUUUGCCUCCGAGGUGUCCUUCCAGUCAAUCAGUCCAGCAAUGUCUCCCAAACGUCAGUCGCAUGUAGCAGACGGAAAAUCAGAGAGGUCUGUGGAGCAAGAUGGUGGAGCAGAUGGACAGGAAGUGACCAAAGAAGGAGCAGGGGAUGAUGGGAAGGAUGCUGAUGAAACAGAGAAAGAUUCAAAGAAAACAGAAGAGAAAUCACCAGAAAGCACAAAUGAUAAUGACAGUGCCCGACAAACUGUGACAAUUGAGGAGGGAGAGAUACACUUGUUGGCCAAUGUAGAGGAACACGGCAGUAGUUCUAGUUCUGAAUCACCACCAAACGAAUUCCACGUUGCCAUGGAUACCAAUGACAAUCUCUGGUUUGAAGAUGUCAUGAUGGAAAAAAUCGGUUUGUUGAUGUCCGUUUCCAAGGCAGCUGAUGUACUUUAUGCUCAUUUCGAGAAAUCCAAGGACACUUUCGACAAGUUGCGACUUGGAAAUACAUCAGAAACGCCAGUUCUGGGUGAGAUUGUGCUGACUCGUCUGUGUACAGCUCUUACCGCAGUUCUCGGGGACGGACUGAAACAUCAUCUAGCGGGAUUCCAGGUGUUUGGAAGUGUACAGAUCACUGUGUGGAAAGUGGUGGAGGCUUCCGUUGAAAUCGUUCCACAAACACGGUCGUUGUGUGACCUUGUACAGAAAGUGAAGCAGACGACAUAUUUGACCACACACCAACAAAAGUUUGAUGCUUUCAUCUUUGGACUACUUAAUCUACGAGUUCUGGAUUUCUGGAUGGGAUAUUUAAGUCAGAAGGAAGAACAGCUGUCCAAAUUCUACAACUCUGGUGCCAUACUUGUCCACUCGAACUCGGCCCUCAAAAAACAGUAUGAAGACCUUAUUACUUCACUACAAAAAUUGGCUGUACUACCUUUCCAUAUGGACAUGGAAUUUAUUAAGGAAAAAGCACUGACUGAUUCAAAAUUGAAAGCACAGUUGAUGAUUGGUUCAUCUGAUGCCAUAGGAACAAAUGUAGCCAAUCAGAGCACUGGUUCAGACUCCUCAGCCAAUCAGAGUUCUUCAAAGGAGGUUUCAAGCAUGUUUGAGCUCACAGCUUCAAAAGCACUGAGUUGGUUGGCCAAUGCAGCGCUGCCAAGGAGAAGAACUCCUUCAGAUUCAGAUCUAUCAGACUCAAGGUCAAGGUCAGAAACAAUUGACUCAGCCAAUCAGAUGAUAGACUCAAAUAGCACAUCCAGUCAGAUUUCUGGAUCUUUCAGUUUCCAAGAUGACACAGAAAAGGACAUUGAGAAACCAGUCAAACAGAUUUUAGAAAAUUUGAGUGAGAAGCAGCUACUUGUUUAUAAAGAUGCUAGAAUAAGUUCUGUAGACUGUGACCCAAUUAUUUUACCAUCUGAUAGUCUAAGAUCAAGUCAAAAUAGUCAGACUGGUUUUGCUUCACUGUUUUCAACAAUGGCUGCAAGACUUGGUGAAAAUACAGCCAACCAGUCUCUUACACAGUCAAUGACAAGUUCUGCAUCCAGUCUGGUAACAAGAUUGACUGGUUUACAGUUUGGUUCCUCCCAAAAGACAUAUAAGAAAGGGGUGACUGAGUACAAAUUUGCAGAAGAAACUGAAAAGAAAACUGUUGAAAAUGAACUAAAACCAGUAGAAAAGGUGAAAGAAAAUAGUGAAGCAGAAGACCAAAAGCCAGAAGUAGAAGUAAAGUUAAGAGAGAAGAGUAGUGACAGUUCUAGUGAGAACAGAAAUUCAAAACGCGUAUCCUUUGACAUUGUGAAUCUAUUUGAUAAACUUUUACUUCCAUCAUCUAAACCAGAGAAAAAAGACACAAAACCUGUGAGCAGAAUUCCUAGACCAACCAAUCGUUGGAGCUGGAGUUUUGGAAUUUCCAAGACGAACCCGACUCCGGCAUCGAAAUUGCCGAAAGCUUCCACAGACACUGAUCUGAAGAAACAGCCAAGAAAAGGUGUAAUAAAACAUGAACCAGCAGUUAACAGAAGUGAACACUUCCCAAAGGGAAAUGCUAAACAAACUGAAAAAGUUGUUAGCAAGAAUGGUAAACCAGUCAGAAAUGUUGCUAGUAAAGUUUCUGCUCCACCAAAACCACCUAGACUGGUUCAGUCUGCACCAACACCAGUGAAAAAGUCGUCGAGUACCAAUCUAGAUAAAAAUGUACAUAAUAGUACCAAGAAAAACACUGCCACAUUGUAAUGGUGGAAGGAGUAUUUAGAAUUGUGAAAUGUGCAAUAUUUUUAAUAUUUAUUGUCUUAUUUGGUGAUAUUCAAAAUGUAUUAUUUUCAAUCUCAUGCUUCAUGUUGUCUGCAAAGCUGGAAACUUCCAUUAUGAAGCUUGAAAUAAUGUAUUAAAUGUUUUUAAUCCUAAGUUAUCUUUUAGUUUUGAAAAAUGUUUGCAGAUUGCAUUUUAUUGGAGUAAAAGUAUUCAUACGUAAAUGUUUCCAGUUUUGCAGAUUAUUUAGACAUAAUGGCCCAUGUUCAUCAAGUUGUUAAGUCGAAAAAUUUAGCAUUAUAUAACUUAUUCUUCAAACUGUUAAAAAAAGAUCUAAGUUAUUGUUACAAUUGUGACAAAAUACCUUAGUUAUUGUGAUAAAAGUUUGAAUCAAAGAGCCUGCAACUAGUAGUGAUAGCCAAAUUUCAAAAUUACAAGUUUAUUACAAACAAAGUUAUGCCGAAUUGAAUAUUUCGUGUUCUAAGUCUUAAGAUUUCAGACUUUAAACUUAAAUUUCAAGCCUAUCUAUAUACACUUUACACAUGUUUUGAUGGAGCUCACAGAAUACAUUACCUAUUCAUCUGUGAGCAUCUAGUUAAGGCAUAACAUUUAGGUAUAGCUAGUCUUUAAAAUUUUCUUUGAAUGAGUUCCACCAUAUUUGUGUCAGUAUAGAUCAUUCGGGUUAUUUCAGAACAUUUGGGUCAUUAUAGAUGAUUUGAGCCAUUUUAGAUCAUGUGUGUCAUUAAAGAUUAUAAAAGUUAUUUACAUCAUUCAUAGUCAUCAUAGUCCUUAGACUGCAAUUUUUUGAUAGACGUAUUUUGGGCACACACUGUAUAUUAUGUUUGUUGUAACAGAUAAACUUUUUUGUAUGUGCAAUUUUUCUGUAUGGGUUUGUAUUGUAUUGGUUAUACAGUGUGGAUUGACAGCUUACAGAGAAAUGUAAACUUGUACCAAUGUUUGCUUCUUAUGUACUGUUUAUACUCGUCCAUAAGUCUAUCUCGUAUAUAAGUCGAAAUUUAAACCAUUUUGUCCAGGUAUAUGAACUGUUCAUGCUUAUCUAUAAUACAGCCAUAAGUCUUUGGUGCAAUGUGUGGGGUGCCUUUUGGAUGUAAAAAUCUGAACUUACGGGUGAAAAUAUGGGUAGAAUGAAUUUAACUACGGAAUGAUUGAACAAAUAGUUAAGGUCUUGAAUGAGAGAAUGAUAUCACUAAUUUGAGUCCUUAUUAGUAUUUGGGUCUGAUGUGGUAUUAUUACUAGAGGAGAAUGUAUUUCAGUUCUGUUCAUGUAUAGGAAAUAAGUAUGAGAAUGAGAUAUGUAGCUUUGUAUUAAGAAAUAAUCAUUGGUACAAGUUGAAAUUUUUAAUAGGCAAAUUGAUUUUAAGUGUAAAUGUAGAAAUCUUUGUACAACUGAAUUGGUGCUGAUCAUGGAAUAUAUGAAUUAGCCUGUACACCCCUUAUAGCUUGAUUUGGAAGAUUCCUAAGUUAUGGGAUUAAUCUAUUUUGUAAAUAUGGGGGUGCGCAGUUUAAAGCUGGUUUUAUUUCUUUCUAGAAAUCAUUAUGUAUUUCUGAUAAAAGGCAGAUUUACUCAAAAAUUAUUUCAUAUGUAUCAUUCGAUGUUUAACAUUGUAAGGUUGCCAGAGAUUGACUUAGUAUAAUCAUUAAAUGUUAGCUUACCUUUCAUGUUUGUAAUAAAGUGUUCUUUCCACAACUAUGGAAUAUUCUAAUUUGGAUUUCAGGGUUGAUAGGUUCAGAAACAAGAAUUGUCUAAAAUGGUUCGCUUUCUAGUUCAGUGCAAUAUUUAUUAAGGUGUAAAUAUUCCUUGAAGUAUACUUUGUGUUCACAAGUCUGUCACAGCCAAAUGUUUAGCUGCAUUUGUAUGACAUAAAAUAAUGUAAAAGACACUUGAUUGAAAAAUGAAGUCUCCUAAAAGUUUGUUUGGAUUUAUAUUUUCAAAGAAAGGCCUUUGGUAUAAACUAAUUGAAAUGAAGUUAAUGACUUUUAUCCAAACUGUAAGCAAGUGUCAUUAAAGGUAAACUUUAUAAGUCGGGGAUACAGUUUUAAGGUGUAUUCUAAAGGUAAAAAUGGAAGACUUAUGUAUGAGAAUUUAUAGUAAAGUUGUUUUCAUGGAUUAAAAGUUCCUUAGAUAUAUAAUGUACAUUAGUUCUACAAAAUAACUUGUGAUAUUUUUAGAUUAACUGUCUCAUUGUACACUUGAUGUGUGUAAUUAUCUUGAUUCUUUAUAAUUGGUUGUGACAAUUUGGUAAUCAACAAAUUUUCCAGCUUCUGCUUUUUAUGCUAUUGAAUUUAGUAACAUUUAAUAUCUUUUAUAUGUGAAAACUCCUCUGUUACAGCAAAAGCACUCUUGUUGUAACUAGUUAAAGCAGUAUAAUACAAAUUAAGUUUUAACUUUUACCAUUAUUUAAUUAUACUGUUAUUAACAGAAAUGUUCAAAGUCCAGAAUUUUUCUCCCGUGAUCAUGUGGGUUAGAUUUUUUUUACCUGAAAUCAGAGUGUAGCCCCCAGGUCUGGAGAGUUCACAGGCCCUUCAAAUGUAUUCUUGCAUCGUCUGUUAUUUAAAACCACUUUGCAGUCUUGAUUCAAUUGUCACAGCCAAUACUUAUUGAUUUAGUCAAACCUGUAUAUAAUGACCAUGAUGGUGAUGAUGUUCAGCUCGAAGGUUGUCUUGAAUAUACACUGCAAAAUCACAAUCGGAACUAGGUGAUCUUUGUUAACAGGUGGUAUGUGUUCACAGGCAGUCACUGUUCACAGGUUGUCUCUGUUCACGAGCAGUAUAUGUUCACAGGCAGUCUCUUCAAAGGCAGUCUCUGUUCACAGGUAGUCUUUGUUCACAGACAGUCUCUGUUCACAGGCAGUCUCUUCAAAGACAGUCUCUGUUCACAGGUAGUCUUUGUUCACAGGCAGUCUCUUCAAAGGCAGUUUCUGUUCACAGGCUGUCUCUGUUCACAGGCUGUCUCUGUUCACAAGCAGUCUCUGUUCACAGGCUGUCUCUGUUCACAAGCAGUCUCUGUUCACAGGAGGUGCCUGUUCACAAGCGGUCUCUAUUCACAGGCAGUCUCUGUUCACAGGUGGUGUUUAGGACAGGUUUGACUGUAUUUUUUAUUUCUUGUGUAUAUUUUGUAUGCACUUGUAACUGGGAUGUAAUAACUAAGUUAUUGUAUGAUAGUGCAAUUCUGUGCUUAUGCAUGAUAUGUAAUAACCAAGUUAUUAUAUUAUAACAAAAUCUUUAUUAAUGUUCAGGUAAUUCUUUUAAAUGUUAAAUCACUGUUUAACAUAGAAUUUGAAACUUUGGAACUCUCUCUAUUUUCGAUAUGUAAGCAUCAUGGCACAUUCAUCCAACUGUUUUUUUCUGUGAAUGUGACAUUUCAGAAAAAAUCAAUAUGUAGCUAUAAUUUGAAAUUUUGUAAUACUUAACCAGGUCUUCUUUGGAAAUUUAGUCAAUGAGUUUAAGACCCAGCUGAAAAUUCAAGAUUAAUUUAAAUGCUAAUUCUGUAAUUGUAGAAGAAGUUUUCAUCAGGAAAUUUAAAAUCUGUAUAAAUUAUAUAAUAUUAUAGUAUCACAACAUAAACAUUUGCAUAGGUCAUAGAUCAUAAAAUGAGAAAAAAUUUGAUUUGUCUAAGGAGUAAAACAACAGCUAGAAAUUGGCGAAAUUUGAUAUUUUAUAAAUAUAUCUGAUCUUGCAGUUCUUCUUUUGCUUAUCCAGAAGAUUAUUUCUAGGAAAUUCAUUGAUAAGUAUAGUAAGAAUUUUACACCAUCUGACUGGUUUCAUAAAUCUUAUUAUAAAAUCUGAAGCUACAAUUUAGCAGAAAACUUUCUCAGUCAUUAUAUAGCAAAUGUUGUUGAUGUUUAGUUGUAAAUUCUUCAUUUCCAAAUCUUGAUUAAUGGCUUAUGUUUGCUUACUGUUAUAUUCUCCACCAGAGGGAGCUUCAAUGUGAGUUCUAGAGCAUGACGAUUUAAGCUCAUUUUAUUUCGUGAGCUUAGAGUCAUAUAUGUGUCUGAGUUAUGUUGAAUUCUAUUUUAAUCAGUUCAUUUUCUAUCUGGCUCAAUAGGUGUAAAAUUUUAGUAUGAAGACCAGUCUGAGAAUAAAUCUUUCUGAUUGGUCAGUGUUAGGUCUGUGAAGAGAAACAACCAAUCAGAUGCGAGAGAUUUUAGACUGGUCUCCAAACUUGGUUUUAUAACCAGGAUCACUGAAAUUUGCUAGAUAUUUUGGUUUAAGAAGCAUUAGUUGAUUGACUGUUACUGACUGUUUAAAGAUAAGUUUGACCUUGACAUUUGACCUGUGAUGAUUUUACUUGGUAAAUACAUGUGUACCAAUGAUUUUAUAAUAAAAAUCUUCAUUUUUUCUUUCAGCUUAGUAGAAUUUAUAGCAAAAUUGUUAAAAAUUAAUUUUGUUUUCCCCUUCUUUAAAGUAAAUGUCCAAUCUGAUAGAAACAAAACUCAUUGAGAAGCAACAGUUUGUAUUGGGACACAGAAUGUAUUAAUUUUUUUUCUGUAAUAAAACAAAUUUUCCACUUACUUAAGGUAUUGAAUCAUUAAAGGUCAGAAGUCAAGGUCAGUGAUUAGAGAUGUAUAUAUGUUGUUGUAUGUAAUGUUAUACAUGAUAAUUGUUAGUGAUCUUUUUAAGUUGUGAAAUUGCUUACAAGUUGUGCUCUGAUUUUAUAUUUUAUGCUUUUAUUUGGCUGAAGAUGCAUGUUAACAUUGACAUUAAUGUAGAAAUUCUGAUUCUAGCACAACAAUGGAAUGUUGAUUAAAUUUGGGUGUGACUCAAAUACAUGUAUCACUGUAAAUGUUACCAUGGAUUUUCAGCCUCCAAUGAUUGUGAUAUUAUUUAUUUGCCUACUAGUAUGGUUGCCAAGGAUAUUUUAUGCAUCCAAAGAUAUUUUGGAUCAUUUCUGAGUUGUGCAUAUAAAGUUUAUUGUUUGUUUAAAAAUUUUGGUUAAUUGCCCAUAUAUCUAAAAAAUUGAAGGUGCAGAUUUAAAUCAAGUGUUCUUAGGACCAGGAACUAAAAAGCUACAUGUACUGUACUAUACUCGUCUCUAGGUUAAUCUAAAUGAGGUCAAACGUCUGUAUAUGAAUACAACAGCUUUGUAAAGUAGGCCUUGUGAUAUUGUGUGUUAUCAGGCUAAAUAGUUCCAUAGUGAACAGGGGUGUUGUGAUGUGAAAUAUUGUUUGAAAUCAAGGUGGAAUUUUUGUCAUGGAUAUGAGGUGUUCUUUACAUCACACUUUUCAUAUAUACUUGGAUAAAUAGUGAACAUGCAUUUGUACGAAACUGUUCCUUCCUUAUAUAAAAUUGAGUUUUGAUCACUAUCACUAACAGCUUGUACUUUAAAUUUGACAAUUCAGUUAUAACUUAACUUAACGCUGAGUAUUUAUGGACUUUAUUAGGCAACUCAAAUAUUUGCCUGAUGGCUUCAUAUCCAGUUUCCUAAGGACUUGGUUUACAAGACAUACCUUUCUGCUUUUAUUUUCUAGAAAGUAUUUAUGCUUUGGGGUCAUAGUCUGGGUAAGCUAUUCCGCUAUCAGCUUAUUUGCCUUUUAAUAAUGUUGGAUAAUAUAUGCUUUUUUUCUGGUAAACAAUCUUAGAAAGUUUUAACCCUUAUCAUGCUGGGCACGAUUGAUUCUGCCUUUGUGACCAGUGUAGAUCAUGAUCAGCCUGCACAUGCUUGCAGUCUGAUUAUGAUCUGCACUGUUCGCCAUACAGUCAGUAUUUUUUGGUAAUCACACCUUUUAACAGUUAAUGGUUCUGUCCAAAUUGAAAGAUGGACAAGUCCAUUAUAGAAAUUUAGCAGGGUAAGGGUUAAGGUAGAGGACCUAUUAUGACAUUCAUCAGUUCUGGGGCGAUUUUUAUUUUGGCAUUCUACAGCCCAUAAAUGUAGCUCAUAUGAGAAAUGGUUUCCAUAGCAACAGUAAUGCUGAAAUCACAUACAGAGAAAAGGUAAUUGAAUGCAAAUUAGAGAUAGUUAUUUAUACAGGUAUCACUACCUUAAAUAUAUCGUUCCUGUCCAUACACUUUACUAAAGAAUCCUUCAUUUUUUGGUCGGAAUCCUAGUUAGAACUUAAACUAUCAUAUACUAUCAUAUACCAGUUUGUGUUUCACAGCAAGUAUUGUCUCUAGUCAUUGGGGUCAGUCUUUAAUCAUACUUAGAAAUGAGUUAUUUCUCAGAAACCAGUAAGAAGAUUCAUUGAUCUGGUUGUUCGAAAUUGACCAGUAACAAGCUUGUAUUUUGAGACAUAGAAUUUAUCAGUUAUUACUUACUAAAUUUGAAAUUUGCGGCUGUACUUAGGAACCAGUUGUUUCUCAGAUUGUUUAAUCCAGUUUCAGCUAUUUGGUCUUAGGUAUGAAAUUGAGUUGAGAAAUCAGUCUGAAGAUUUUCAUUGAUCUGAUUGGUUUGAAUUGACCAAUAGCAAGCUUGUAUUCGGAGACUGGUUAUACUGCUUAGACAUUACUGAAUUUUGUAGAACAGAAUGCACAACCUUGUUUGGAAUGGUUAUUGUGAUUUACCAGACUGUAGUAUCUAUGAAUUUAAGGUAGUUUAACUGUAAUGAUAAUUAGCAGUUUUCAUUUGAUUACAUUCUCUAAAUGCAAUUUUGGCAUUUUUCUGCUUGUAUUAGAUGGCAUUGUUUAGACGAGCUUCAUAAAAGACCGAAAAUUGCCACAAAAAAUGUUGUUGCAAUGCAAAUUGCCAAUUAUCAUAACAGGUUCACUAUAAUUAUAAUGAAUUAAAUGUAAAGCUGUUGUACCCGCUUCUUUGUAUAAUCCACAAUCUUACUUAAGGCUACAUUUGGAUGUACAUUUUGUAUUCAUGUGGGAAUUGAAAAUGAAUUCCACUUUACUUCAGAAAGUUUUACUAGUAUUGGUGGUGUUAUAUUAUGUACUGGAUGCAUUUAUUUUGUUUUUUGUUUUAAAAGAAUUAUUCUAGUCAUAAGGAUGCUUUGUACAAAAGCUGUAUUUUGUUCUUCAAUAAAGUAUACAUCAUCUUU